UGACGGGCAGAAGUUUUGGUGAGAAAGAUUUUCGUUCUGGAUUAGAAAACGGCAUUCUUCUGUGUGAGUUGCUGAACGCAAUAAAGCCGGGAUUGGUAAAAAAGAUCAAUAGACUACCGACCCCCAUUGCAGGUUUGGAUAAUAUCAUCUUAUUCUUAAGAGGCUGCAAAGAGCUGGGACUUAAAGAAUCUCAGCUUUUUGACCCUGGUGAUCUGCAGGACACAUCAAACAGAGUAACCAUCAAGAACAUUGACUAUAGUAGGAAGCUGAAAAAUGUAUUAGUCACCAUUUAUUGGCUAGGGAAAGCGGCAAACAGCUGCACGUCAUACAGUGGAUCAACCCUGAACCUGAAGGAGUUUGAAGGUUUGCUGGCACAAAUGAGAAAGGAAACAGAGGAUAUCGAGAGCCCAAAGCGCAGCAUUCGCGACAGCGGCUACAUAGACUGCUGGGACUCUGAACGCAGCGAUUCCCUCUCCCCGCCUCGCCACGGCAGAGAUGAUUCCUUUGACAGUCUGGACUCCUUUGGCUCCCGCUCGCAGCAGACACCGUCUCCAGAUGUAGUGCUCAGAGGGAGCAGCGAUGGGAGAGGAAGUGACUCGGAAACUGACCUGCCACACAGAAAGAUGCCAGAUGUGAAAAAAGAUGAUAUGUUGGCAAGGCGGACCUCACACGGUGAACCUAAAUCAGCUGUGCCUUUUAACCAGUACCUCCCUAACAAGAGUAAUCAGACUUUCUAUGUACCCGCUCCACUUCGGAAAAAGAAAGCUGAACGAGAAGAGUACCGAAAGAGCUGGAGCACGGCAACUUCACCGCUAGGAGACAGACCUUUCAGAUUCGGCCCCAGAACUGCUGUGUCUGAUGACGCAGAGAGCAUGAGCAUGUUUGACAUGAGAUGUGAAGAAGAAGCUGUGACUCAGCCUCAUAGCAAAGCUCGCCAUGAGAAACUGCAGAACGUACACAACCAGCUGAAAGAGGAUGAGACCAGAUGGCAAGACGACCUGGCUCGGUGGAAGAGUCGUCGAAGGAGUGCUUCACAGGAUUUAAUUAAAAAAGAAGCUGAGAGAAAGAAAAUGGAAAGGUUAUUGUCUGGAGACGGAACGAAUGAGCGCAGAAAAAGCAUCAAAACCUACCGAGAAAUUGUGGAAGAGAAAGAGAGAAGAGAGCGGGAACUUCAUGAGGCAUACAAGAACGCAAAGUCACAGGAGGAGGCUGAGACCAUCCUCCAGCAGUACAUCGAAAGAUUCACUAUCAGUGAAGCUGUCCUUGAGCGUUUGCAGAUGCCAAAAAUUCUGGAGAGAAGCCAUUCAGUGGAGCCAGAUUCCCCACUGAAAGACCCAAAUCCUCUGAGAUACUUAAGGCAACAGUCGCUGCCUGCUCCAAAAUUCACUGCCACCAUUGAAGCAACUAUUGUUCCCACCGCUGAACUAGAGCCCAGCGGUUCGACGGGCCGCACAUCUCCCAGCAAAAGUGUUGUCUCCAAGGCUGUGCCUAUGCUGACACCCAAGCCUUACUCGCAACCCAAAAAUACACAGGAAGUUUUAAAGAACUUUAAGGUAGAUGGAAAAGUCAGCAUGAAUGGCGAAAAUGUCAACGGUGUGGAAGAGAAGGAUAAGGAGUGUACAACAGUAAUAUUUACUCCUUCGCCAAGCAGAUCUCUGAAAUUUGACGGAGUAGCCAGAGGGGACAGGCCCCCGGCAGAGUUGAAGAAGGACCCCACAAGUGUUGAGCUCAGUUUACAGAGGCCUGCCACUCAGAGCGUGCACAAAGAGCCAACAAAGUCUGAACAGGUGAUGAAACCAAAAGCCCUGGAACUAGAGGGAAGUGUAGUGUUGCCAUUUUUAAAGAAACUACCUGAGACCAGCCAAGUUACUCUGCAGAAUUCUGGUCUACCAGAGCCGCCCCACGGGGCCGCGGUUCCGCUUAGGGUUCGCAACAACUGGCGACGCUCACAGUUUUUCUCGCAGUCAGCUGAUUCUGAUAGUGGUGACAAAUCAAACGUGAGUACCUUUUUUCGUUUCAAUUCCUGGUCCUGGGAUCCGGAAGAAGAGCGAAAGCGCCAGGAAAGGUGGCAGCAUGAGCAAGAACGCUUGCUUCAGGAGAAGUAUCAGAAGGAGCAGGACAAGCUGAAAGAGGAAUGGGAAAAGGCCCAGAGAGAAGUUGAAGAGGAGGAGCGUAGAUACUACGAGGAGGAACGUAAGAUAAUUGAGGAUACUGUAGUUCCAUUCAUUGUUUCUUCAAACUCUGCUGAGCUCCUCUCCUCCUCUUCCUCUACCACUGAAGGAAACAAGACAGCGAACACAUCUGAUUCAAACAGCUCUCCAGAGGAAGGCAAACAAAAAGAAGUUACAAGGCAGAAAAAGCUGCUCUGGGAGCAGGACAGUAUACCAUCUCCAAAAAGCAAGGAAAAUGACCUCUGGCAGGAAAAGAAGAGUGGAAAUAAAGUGCACCCAGAGACGGGUAUCUUGAAAGGAGGUGAACAGGAGCACCAGGUGCCGGUGAUGGAGCGCAGCUCACCUGCCAGGCUGAAUCUGCCGUUGACUCAGGACGUCUCCUGGAAUCAGCAGUUGCUGAUGAAGCAGUCCCCGCAUCGCGCAGAGGACAUUCGGCAGAGAUCAUUCCUGGGCCAGAGUGCGGGACAACAGCCAAGCUCUGCAGGAGAAACAAGGAGGGCAGGCUAUCAUGAGAACUUCCAGUCUGGGCCAUCAUCUCCCUGCUCUCCUGCUGCUCCGAGUCAGUCACCCAACAGGUCUGUCAGCGGAAAGAAGCUUUGUUCUACCUGUGGGCUUCCUCUUGGAAAAGGAGCUGCCAUGAUUAUUGAAACGCUUGGUCUUUAUUUCCAUAUUCAGUGCUUCAGGUGUGGCAUUUGCAAGGGACAGCUGGGAGACGCAGCAAGUGGGACAGAUGUCAGGAUUAGAAAUGGUCUUCUUAACUGCAACGAUUGUUAUAUCCGAUCCAGAACUGCUGGACAGCCAACUACAUUGUGACAUGACUUUCAGUCCUAAUAAUUUUCAAGAAGGAACUCUCUUCUCGUAUGUAUCGGCUGCCUGCAGACAAUCACUUGUAAGAGCUUGAAUCCAUGGACAUCAUGGCUCUCAUCUGAUUUUGAAAAACUCAUAAAAAUGCUGCACCUGCUCCUUUAAAAUGCAAUAUGUUGGUUUUUCCCUUUCUUAAGAAAUGAGAGAAAUAUGUAUGACCAUGUUUGGGAAGGCAAAGCCUAAGUACUAUAAAAAAAAAUCCCACCUUUCAGGUAUGUUUAUGAUUUCCAGUCUGUUACCUUGUUCUUUUGAAAGUAAUAAGAAAAUAAACAUGCAAUAAAGCUGUUUUGUUUUAAUAUUUCUAGGAAUUAAAAAGUUUAAGUUUACAGAACCUUUAUAGAAUAUGCCAACUUGAGCUGAGAAGUAAUUUUAAGAUAGUAUCUAAUCAGCGCAUUUGAAAAACUAAACAUCACAGCACGACUUCUCUGUUAUAACUGAAGCUAUAACCUUUUUUAUACAGAGACUAGUUUGAUAAUACAUCCUGUAAUUCUGAAGCAUUUUGUGUUUAUAUUACCUUCAGUGGAGGGUAGGAGUUAUACAAAUAAAUUAUUGCACCUUUAGUGAUAGGAUUUUUUUGUUUGUGUACCUCAAGUAAUGUUCAUGACUAUAGCUUAAUAUUCUCUCCAAUAAAGAUUUCUUCAUUAAACCUAAAGACUGUAUACCGGUAACGAUGGCAAGAUUCCCAUCAGGAGCAAUCCUUCUUACAAAGUUCAGCAGCCCGUGUUGUUAUUAAACUUGAUGAAAGGUGAUGUGGGGGAGAGGCGGCUGAGUGGGCGGACACAGCUGAGUUGCGAGUCUCCCAGCUGCGGUUUGAUGCUAGGGUGAAGCUUUUCUUUGGCGUGUAACUUGCCCAUUGAUGGUCUGAGUU